AUGGCAAAGAGUUUAGCCAUAGCAUCCCUCCAAAUUCUCAGCCUGCUUUUGGUAGCAAGCUUGGCACAAUCAAGGAUAGUGUCCAAACAUUUGACGGUGUACGAACAUGAAAUUCGAAGCGGAGAUGGUCAGACUGUUUUCAUAGUUGCAGGUCUCCCCAACGUAACUUGGGCCUUCAACCAAUUUGGAACUGUUUUCGUCGCUGAUAAUAUCUUGACGCGAAGCGCUUCAAUCAAAUCCCAACUAGUUGGUCGUCUCCAAGGCAUUGGUGUAGUAGCAUCCCUUGAUGGCACCACCAUAGAGACUCUGGUUAGUAUUCACUUCACCAGCGGAGAGUACAGUGGUAGCACUGUGGAAUUAAAAGGCAUAGGGUCUCAAGAUGUCAAUGAAAUGGCAAUUGUAGGAGGAACCAAACAAUUCCGGUAUGCAACAGGGUAUGCUAAUUUUGAGAUGCUCAGAGUUGUGGGAGAUUUUAUUACUGCAAAGUGGGAUCUCUACAUUAGACUGGAUAUACCGGAUGACUAG